AUGAAUCUUCAUAACGGUCUUCGAAAAUAUGCGAUUACGAGGUUUUCAGUCACCAUUCUCUUUACAUCAAUUCAGUGCUAUGUGCGAUAGCAGAUUUUCUCCAAUUUCACAACAUGAAUUCCCGCAUCUUUCCUGUUCGGUCUCAAUCCUAAUCGAUUUUGAAGACGGGCAGAAUUACAAAGAUUGGGAGGUGCGCUUUUGUUUAUUUUAUGGCGUCUUGUGUGCGUAUGCUUUUCUGGUGAAUGUUUACUGUGUUGCAAUAUUUCAGUUUUUGUAGUAACUGUUUCUAUCCCAAAACAGUGGCGCCUCCAACGAUCUAAAGUCAUAUUUUGCAAGCCUGAAUUGCAUAAAAUCGACUUGAAGUACGUAAUCUGCUUGGUUUAGACUCUUCGAGUUUAUCGUUGUUCGUGAUGUUGAGGACGAAUAUUCCGCUUGAACGGCACGCGCUUACAAUGUUCACCGCGGCUGAAACGUCACAAGCAUAGCUGUCUCUCAGUUUUACAGGAGUACUCAUUAAAAGGAAUAACGGCACGAUAAACUUUGUUAGCCAUUCCCGUGAUUUCUUGAACUAAGCGGUGCUGAGACGCUAGCUGGAAAGAUGCCUAGCGAAAAUGGUUAGGCCAUUUCACAUUAGCUCACUGGUAGCAUUUUGCAAAGUCAACGAUUUCUUGCCUUAAUGUUGCACUUACCAUCACCAAAUUUCCCCGUACUGAAGUUUAACGAGGAUGGGCACUUGACCAAUAUCACAUUGACGUAUUUAAUGCGCUGAGUCCGUAGUAGCCUUGUUAAGACUACUUUUAGGCUACCCGCGGGGCUAUUCAUCCGACCGGAACUUUAAGCGCUGCCAUUCGACUGGGCGCAUUGUAAGGAUUUUGACGUUGUAACAUCACAUCCGUUCUAAUAAAUGUCCCAGGUCUCCUUGAGAACUAAGCACAGCUUGUAGUGGACGUUUGUUUUGAGCAGCCACCAUGUGGCUUAAACAAGAGGAAGAGGGUGAGUGCCAUGCUGUAGUUUGCUAUAAAACUACCUAUCUAAAGACACUUGUUUCGUGUUAUGCUCUUCGGUGGUUAACUGAGGACUACAGGCCUAUCACCCAGUGGCAGGUUGUCUCUUUACUGUUCUUACUUUGCUUAUACUUACCGUCUAUACAUAGGAAGUUGCGUUAUGUUUGUCAGCAUGCAUCAAAUACUGAUAUUUCAGAAGAGGUCAUCUUUAAACUUCCCAAUAAUAAUAAUCUUAAAUGGUUCCCUCACACGGAUGUCGUCGAGUUUUGUCCGGGUGCCGCUGCUUGCAACCAAGUUGACAUUUAUCGUUGUUUGUUUGGCCAUCUCCUUAGUGACGUCUUAGACACAUGAACUCCAUCGUCUGCUUUUCACAAGUAGACGCAUCGACCGUUAUCUAGUUAGCUGUUCCAUCCCCGAGUAACGAAGACUAUCGUACCCAGCAUAUCCCUGUCUGCCCAUAUUCUUUAGUUCGCCAUCAAGAUGGUGACCCAGUCAAAGAGGCUACUAAGCUUAACGAUCACCUUUGGUUCGAAAGAAAAGCGUAAACACGCUGGCUGAUAGGCAGCCUUUUAUGCCGUUAGCACCAGGUUUUCUCGGUCUGUUAAAGCUCCACCUUCGAGACGUGGCUCGUUACUCGAAGCCUCAGUUCCCUCCGGAGAUACACAUCAAGUGAAUCGAUCGUCCCCUAGCCUACAAUGUCUAGAGAAUAAGUUCCGCAAUCGUUGAAUAGAGAUUCUUUGGUAAUAGCCACACAAACGCUCUUUGUUGUCAGCUUAACUUCGCAGCAAGAACAAAAGAUGCUUCCAUUGAUUACGGAGCAUGUUACGCGCAAAUUUUUUGCAACGUUUAACUUCCUGCUGGGAUUGAUCCCUGUUACCGUCAGAAAAUCGUGGAAAACUACACAUUCUUCAACCUCCAGCCUUUCUCCAUUCGGGAGAGAGCUAACCAGUGGGCUAAGUUCCAGGGCAGCAGUUUUUGCAACAUUCUAUUGUAAACCGAAUAUAUGAGAGAGGGUGGACUUGUGAAUCAGUUGGAUAACCCUCUUCGGUAUGUGCUGCCAAAAAGACCAAUAUCAUUGCUACACUGAAGGCCAGUGUCGGCAACGUUUUGUCCUGCCUGAACUCCAGCGCGGAAUUUGUCGAAAAAAAUGCAUCAAGCGCAUAAGUAAAGCACAUCAGGCCUUUAUAGGUCUUUACCGGGAGGACAGCUUAACCCGAUAACCUAGCUACUGACUGCCGCAGGACAUCGACGAGCGGCGAAUAUCGGACGGCCUUUAGCGAGUGAGAAACAAUCUAAGCAGGUUCAUGUCUGACGAAUCAACAAACCCAAACUAGCGGCAACAGUGCCUCGAGGACUUGAGGUUUUCACCAGUCUGACUUGCAUGUCUCGUGCCUACUUAGGGCCCAAAUCCCGAAUCAGGCUCUCUGAAAAUCGAGAUGCCAGAGGUCGAAUUCCACUCGACCCUGUAGCACAGUGGCCCAUGCGACCUCCGGUAUAUAUGGUGUGGCGACCGCAUCCUCACGCAAUAGGCGAACUAUGCAUUGCCUGAGUUGGGCACACUCAAUAUUCAGAGAGCACGCGUACGACUAAGGGGGCAAUUUACCAACACCUCUGUCGUCUCCGUUUUCGGGCAACUAUCAGCUGCCGAUCAGCACAAUAAAGAGGCCACCCACUCGCAGCUGCGAGAACUGGCCGGACGUCUCUCCUGCCGUGCUCUGCUGAUUGCCGCCGAGACUGGGAGAGCCGAACUGAGCCAGGCGACCCUUCAAUUGCCUGCCGUCUUGGAUGCUUUGAACUUGGUUCUCCACGCGAUUGUGAUGGAAGAAUGCUGGGUCUUGCUGACAGAAUGGGCUGAUUCUCACAAGCAUCUGCUACCUACAUAA